AGUGGGCAUGCGCACAGUAACUGGUCGGCGUGAACGUGCGCAGACGGGCGCGCUCGUGCGUAUCCAUCGAGCGUGUAAGUGCGGCGUCGUCGACUACAUGAUAUGAUGGUGAGUGUGGGCAAGAGAGCACGUGACGCGGAAGCAGACUCCAGCUUCUUUUGUUCCCAUCAAUCAAAGCGGACACGGACGGAGAGCUGCAGAAUCAGGAAAUCGCUGCUCUUUUGACUGAAAAUGCCACGUAAGAAGGUGACAGAUGUCUCUGGAAAUGGAUCCCUGAAGAAGAAGAGAGCGAGCGGCAAAAGGAAAGAGAGGGACUUCAGCAGUGACGACGACUUUGAUUAUGAACAGGAGAACAACAAGAAGCCCGGCAAGCCCUCCACAAAGUCCACUCUGCAGCCCGUCACUGUGGCGGAUGACGUGAAAGAGAAAAUUAAACUUGAAUUCCCAAAAGUUAAAGGUCAGCUGGUCAUAUUUGGAGCAACUAACUGGGAUUUGAUUGGAAGAAAAGAAGUCCCCAAACAACAAGCUGCUUUCCGCAACCUGGGCCAGAAUUUAUGGGGACCGCAUCGCUAUGGCUGUCUAAAUGAUGUCCUGGUCAGCUGUGUGAUUUCUGGCCCGUGCGCGGCUCACAGCCUUCUCAUCACCACUGAGGGCAAGCUGUGGAGCUGGGGUCGGAAUGACAAAGGUCAGCUGGGCCACGGUGACACCAAACGUCUGGACGCUCCCAAAUUGAUUGAGGCUCUGGCAGAUCUUGUGAUUGUCGCUGCAGCCUGCGGACGGAAUCACACCCUGGCACUCACAGAGGACGGCAUUGCACACUCAUUUGGUGAAAACAAGCUGGGUCAGCUUGGCCAAGGCAGCCAGACUGAUGCCGUCCUCAGCCCAGCGCCUAUUUCCUACAAUGGCCAACCCUUGGUGAAGCUGUCAUGUGGGGCAGAGUUCAGCAUGGUGGUGGACUGCAAAGGGAACCUCUAUUCCUUCGGCUGCCCUGAGUAUGGACAGCUCGGGCACAACAGCGACGGCAAGUUCAUCGCUCGCGCCCAGCGCAUCGAGUACGAUUGCGAACUCAUCCCUCGCCGCGUUGCCAUCUUCAUUGAGAAGUCCAAAGACGGGCAGGUCAUGCCCGUGCCCAACGUGGUGGUCCGAGAUGUGGCCUGUGGCGCCAACCAUACGCUGGUGUUGGACUCUCAGAAGCGAGUAUUCAGCUGGGGGUUCGGAGGUUACGGGCGCCUGGGCCACACUGAGCAGAAGGAUGAGAUGGUUCCUCGCCUGGUAAAGCUCUUUGAUUUCCCGGGUCGAGGAGCCAGUCACAUUCAUACGGGCUACCAGUGUUCCUUCGCCAUCAGCGAGAUGGGGAGUCUCUUCUUCUGGGGGGUGACCAACACCUCCAGAGAGUCGACAAUGUACCCCAAAGCUGUGCAGGAUCUAUGCGGCUGGAAAAUUCGGAGUCUGUCAUGCGGGAAGAGCAGCAUCAUCAUUGCUGCAGACGAAACCACCAUCAGCUGGGGCCCUUCCCCCACUUUUGGGGAGCUGGGUUACGGAGACAACAAGCCGAAAUCCUCCACCAUCCCCCAGGAAGUCAAGACCCUGGACGGCAUUUAUAACGAACAGGUCGCCAUGGGUUACGCUCACUCCAUGAUCGUCGCCAGGCAGGACACGCCGGCCGAGCGGGAGAGGCUGCAAAAGCUGCCGGAGUACAAUCCCCGAACAAUCUGAUCAGGUUUUUUAUUUUUAUUUUUUUUUUUGAGGGAAAGGUCAGAGUUGGCCUGGGAGGGAGGCGCAGCCUUUUCGCAAAAGGUCUCGUCUUCGGCGAGGCUCCCUUUUCCGCCAAUUUGGGACGCUACGAUCACAAGGAACUUUUUUGAGACCAUGUCACUUAUUGAGUGAAACCUAGUUUACGUCAAGCACUUCUUUUUCUUCCAGGGAUGUGCCCCCCCCCCCACACUUUUGUUACACUCACUCAUUAUGUUUUUCAUCGUCUUGCGUUGCAGUAUUUGAGAAAUUGUCAAAAUUUACGGGUGCUUCAGCAUGACCCCUCCUCCCCCCCGCCCAACCUCUGCAGGGACAGAUGCUCCAUACGAGUGCCUCCGGUUUUCCACGGCCCCCGUUAUGGAAGUUGUACGUUUUCGCCACAUUGCCAGCGUUGUUACAUUCCUUUUAGUUAUUCUUCGCACUAUAGAUCAAUGUCGGGACUUGUUUUGGGUGAGUGUGAGGGGCCAAUGAUGCACUGUCAAAAGUAUUUGAGCCGGGGAAGGUUGGGACUUUUGGUGUUUGAAAUGGGUAAAGGUUUUUGUUUUGUUUUGUUUUGUUUCCCCCCCUCCCACCUUUUACAGAUCUUGUGUGUCUGUGUGUGUGUGCGCGCGCGCGCAUCCUUCUGGUUACAUUUUCAUUUCCAAUAAAGUGGUUGUAGAGAA